GUAGUCCUUGGCCUUCUUCCUCUGUUGAGAUACGGUCUUAUGGAACGAUGGGAAUGAUUUUAUGAAAGUAUGGAGUUUGGAUAAUCUGCCAAAUAGAACAGUAGCAUUCGAACGCUCCCGGACUGAGUGGUUCGUGGACUAGGCGCAAGACUUGAUUUUGAGCUGGAAGUCGCUCGUAGAAUGAAUGGAUGGAUCUCACAAUGUGUUUCGUCAUGCCUGCAUUGGCAGCAGGGGGAGGCUUUUGGUAGACAUGUGAAGACGAUGGGUGAAGGGGAGCCUCUCCGCGGAUGGACGAGAAAAUUCGGAGUGUCACAAUACUCGAAUUCUUACUUCCCUAUGAAGUUUUUCAAGAAGCAAGUUUCUGGAGAUCUUGUGUCGUUUAUCUUGUGGAUGGACGGGAGAUUUUGGAAAAUGAAAAUAGCGAUAACUGUGGGCCGAUUCUCGAAUAUGCAACUUCAAAUUCAAUACCUAGUGGAAAGAGUUCUUUAUUGUGCCAAUUAUUGGAAGACUCGAAGCGGGUGGUUGGAACGUGGCGUCUGCGGCAGGUACCUCUGUGUACCAAGCAUCGCAAUUGAUGAGGAAUAACAAUUCCGUAUGGCAGCGACUACAAGAAAAUGACAAAAUGACUUCAAGGCCAGGGGAUCUAUCAUUUCCGAAAAACCAG